ACUACUAGCUAUAGUUAAGAAUUUAGAUUUCAAGAAAUGAAGCAUAAUUACUCCUAUAAACUUCCAUUUAUUCACUUUUUUUGCUUGUUUUCUUUGUUUCCUUUUGUUUUCUCGCAACUUGACUAUAAAUUCUAUGAUUAUUCUUGUCCUAAUUUGACCAGAAUUGUUCGAUAUGGUGUUUGGUCUGCUAUGGCAAAUGAUACAAGAAUGGCAGCCUCUCUUUUGAGGCUUCACUUUCAUGAUUGUUUUGUUAAUGGAUGUGAUGGUUCUGUGCUACUUGAUGGAGAUGAUGGAGAGAAAAAUGCAUUCCCUAAUCGAAAUUCAGCUAGAGGAUUUGAGGUUAUUGACAAUAUUAAGGCUAAUUUGGAGAAAGCUUGUCCUGCUACUGUUUCUUGUGCUGAUACACUAACAUUAGCAGCAAGGGAGGCUGUUUAUCUUACUGGAGGCCCAUACUGGAACGUACCUUUGGGUAGGAGAGAUGGCCUAACAGCAAGUCGAAGUGAUGCUAACGAACAGCUUCCAUCACCUUUUGAGCCUCUAGAGAACAUCACUGCAAAAUUUACCUCAAAGGGUCUUGAAUUGAAGGAUGUUGUUGUGCUUUCAGGUGGACACAGUCUUGGGUUUGCUCAGUGCUUCACAUUCAAACCGAGACUCUUCAACUUCGGUGGUUCUGGCAAACCUGAUCCAGCACUAGACACAUCAUUUCUACAAAAUCUACAAAGUUUGUGUCCAAACCAAGAUGAUUCUGAUACAAAUUUAGCUUCUUUGGAUUCUACUUCCUCCAAAUUUGAUAAUCUCUAUUACAAGCUUCUUAUGAACAAUUCUGGGCUUCUCCAAUCAGACCAAGCUCUAAUGGGCAGCAAUACAACUGCUUCAUUGGUCAGUUACUACAGCAAAUUCCCUUACUGGUUUUCCAGGGAUUUUGGAGCAUCAAUGGUCAAGAUGGGUGGCAUUGGUGUAAUUACAGGACAGAAUGGAGAGAUCAGAAAAAAUUGCAGGUUCAAGAACUAGUAGCCUAGUGUUAUUGUAAUGUAAAUAAAUCAAAUCGUUGUACUCUGCUCUUUCUUAAUUCAAGAUUCUUGAAAAGCAGGAGUCUAUUAUCGAAACAAUCUCAUAAUGCUUCGCAUAAGAAACCUUCUUACUUGAA